GGUUCGCACAGCUCAACGCAAUAUGCAUGACUAGAGAAUACUGACUCUCUUUUUUCCCCGCCUUCAUCCAGUUGUAUACAUCGUCAGUGAGCAAUGUCCAAGUCAAAGAACCACACCAACCACAACCAAAACAAGAAGGCUCACCGUAACGGUAUCCACAAGCCCAAGAGCAACAGACAUGCCUCACUCAAGGGUGUUGACGCCAAGUUCAUCAAGAACCAACGUCAUGCCAAGGCUGGUUCUCUCGUUGCCGUCAGAAAGGCCAAAGAAGCCAAGGCUUAAACUGGAUUGUUUACCUUGAAUAAAACCUCUUUUUCUCA